AUGCUUAAGGUCGGCAAGCGCACUGCGCUCCGCAGCUGUGUACCCCAUGAGUCCAUCAAGAGCUUCAUUCGCCCGUACAAUAAGACCGUAGCAUCUCCAAAGACAUCAUCACCCCAACCCCGACGCCCUACAGCUCGAGUAGCCCCUUCUAUCUCACCCCCACGGAAGAUUAGAUACAGACAAAAACAAGGUCCAAAGACCUGUCUCCUCCGCAAAGAUGGCAAGUCCAAACUCAAGAAGCCCGUGUCCAACAUCCACAGAUACUUUAUCUUCACUCUACUGCUAGCCCCUAGUAUAACGUUCCUAGCCGUCGGAGUAUUAUAUGGAUAUGAAUUCAGCGAGCCGACCUCCAAACAAGUGAUUGAAAGAAUGGUAAACGAGACGGGAAAAGAAACGGGAAAAGCAACGGGGAGGGUAUUGAAAGAAGGACCCAAUGACCUGUGGAUAGCCCACAUCAGGAAGUACCGGGCCCGGGCAUACGGCCAGCCUUGGCUCGCCGGCUUGUAUAUCUACGGAAGCUUGGAGUAG